UAAUCUCCGAAACCCAAAAACAAAAAUUAAAAAAAAAAAUUGAAAUAGUGUUUCCUUAUUCCUAAAGAAACAAUUUACUUUUACUUCGUUUUCGUGGAAGACUCAAUCAAUCAAAGUUUUAUUUUUUUGGUUUCGAUUGAUUGGGUGGAUUGAUUAUCAUCGAACGAUCAAGAAGUCGCCCUCUUGCGAGCUAUGUUCAAGUUCUGAAUAAAUGAGAGGUGCUCUGUACGCAUGACGGAAAUGAAACUUGGAUUAGCAGUUUUGAAUAAGCAUAAUGUGGGAUUUCUAGUCGUUUAUAACGAUAUUUAUUUUCAUGAAGUUGAUUUAAGGAUGAGCAGCUUUUAAUUGCUUAACAUGUUAAGGGGUUCACAGGAGCAACAAGCUCAGCCACGUCCACAAGAGGGUUCUUCACAUUCUUGGUAUCCUCCUUCUGUAGUUAGCUCCCCUAGUUCUUCCCGGCCUACGACACCAAGUAGAAGUGCUACUAACAGCUUCAACAUACAGAGGCCUGCAGAACGGCCACAUUCUCCAUCACCUGUUUCACCUGCUGAAGCUGCAGGAAUCAUUGCUCUUUUAAAGGACAAAAGUGUUGAUGAAUUACGAAAGCUUUUGUCUGACAAGGAUGCAUACAAUCAGUUCUUACUAUCAGUUGACGAGGUUAAAAUUCAAAACAAUAUAAGAGAUGAACUUCGCAAGGAGACUUUGCAGCUUGCUAGGAACAAUUUGGAUAAAGACCCACAAAUAAUGGAGCUAAGGAACCAGUGCAGAAUUAUCCGGACAACAGAAUUGGCAGCAGCUCAGGAAAAACUAAAUGAGCUUGAGAGACGGAAAGAAGAGAUUUUGAAGUUCUACUCCCCUGCAUCAUUUAUCCAUAGGCUUCAAGAUGCAAUGAAUGAGACAGAAGAGGAAUCAGAAAUUGUUCACAGGCAGCUCCUUGACCAGGAGAUAGAUAUGGGGACUUUUGUGCAGAAGUACAAGAAGCUCCGAACUACUUACCACCGGCGAGCUCUCAUUCAUAUUGCGGCAAAACCAUCUACAAUCGGAUAAUAUAAACACCUGUAGAUGGUUAUUGAUUGUAUACUAUAAUAUUGAGAGGCUGUUGCUUGUUCUUGGUGUAUGAAAUUCAUAUGUUCUCACUUUGUUUUGGGCCAAAA